AUGAAUUUAAAAAAUGAAACAAAUGAAAACGUUUUAUGUGGAGGUGAAGACAUAUCGGCCCUUGUAGUUGAUUUGGGAUUUAAUACCUCAAAAAUAGGACAUAAUCAAGAAGACACUCCAAGAAUAUUUUUAAAUAGCAUAUGUGGAGAAAAUAUUUAUGAGAGUGAAAGAAAUAUAAAUGAAUUAGAAAAAAAGAACAAUUUUAAGAAAUUAAAAUUUCCUUUAAAUUUAUAUAACAGAAAUGAGAAUGUAAGAAUAAAACCUUUAUUUGAUCGUGAUAAAUCUAAUAAUGUAACAUUAAACAGUGAUGUAUUUGAAAGAAUAUUAGAAUAUUCUAUUGAAGGAGUGGAAGUAAAGAGGAUAUUUGAGUGCACUGAUGAAAUAAUAGAUCCUAUAAAAUUAGGUGGACUAAAUUUAAAAUUUGAUGAGCACCCAAUUUUAUUAUCAGAAUCAAAUAUACAUAAUAAUAAAAUAAGAGAAGAAAUAACAGAAUUGUUAUUUGAAAAAUAUAAUGUUCCUGCAUUAUAUUUUGCAAAAAAGGCAAAAUUAACUUCUUUUAGUUUAGGUAGAUCGAAUUCAUUAGUUAUUGACAUUGGAUUUAGUUCAUUAAAUAUAAAUCCAGUUUAUGAAGGAUAUGUUCUGCAAAAAAAUUCAUUAGAAUAUAAUAUAGGUGGUGAUUAUUUUGAUAAGUUAAUAUAUAAUAAAUUAAAAAAAGAUAACAUUAAUAUUAUACCAUAUUUUUGUGGACAGAAAUUUAACGAUAAGGAUAUGUAUAAAAACAUUCAUAGUUCAUACAAAGAAGAAGCUAUAUUAGAUAUUAUAAGAUACAUGAAAGAAAGUGUUUGUAAAAUACGUGUUGAAAAUGAUAUAAAAUGCAAAGAAAAUAAUAUAAAUAAUUUAAAAGGAAAUGAAAAUGGUGAUACAAAUAAUACUGAUACGAAUGAUUCUCCAAAAGAGGAAUUUUUUGAAUUACCUGAUGGAUUUAAAAUUAAUAUAGAAAAAUAUAAAUAUGAUAUAGCUGAAAAUUUGUUUAAAAGUGUACCUUUAGAAAAUAAUUUUAAAGGGUUACCUCAAAGCAUAAUUAAUUGUAUCAUUUCAACGGAUGUUGACAUAAGAAAGGAUUUGUUGCAAUCAGUUAUAUUAACAGGUGGAUCUUCUUUAUUUCCGGGACUAGUUGAACGGUUAUUUAAUUCGUUAAAAGAAAAAGAAUGUUUUAGUCAAUCUGUUAAAUUAAAAAUAUUAAAUAUGACAUCACUAGUAGAGAACAAAUAUUCUUCUUGGUUAGGAGGAUCUAUAUUAGCUAGUUUGGGUACAUUUCAGCAAUUAUGGGUAUCUAAGAAGGAAUAUCUCGAUUAUGGACAUAAAAUCAUUUUUGAUAGAUGCUUUUAA